AUGGGCCUUGUGAAAUUGCCAUCAAUUAGUGAUUACUGGAGUACAGAUGACAUAUUUCAACAACCGUUUCCUCGCACAGUGAUGACUAGGAACAGAUUUGAAUUACUUUUACAGUACCUACACUUUGCCGACAAUUACAACUUGAAUCCGAACGAUCGCAUUGGAAAAAUCAGGUAUCUUGUGAAUUUGUUAAAUGAUAAAUUUAAAGCCUACUAUGCCCCUAAACCAUGGUAA